CAAUUUGCUAAAGAAUCCCACACUUGUGCACAAAAUGCACUGGGGACCAGCCUACUAGAACGCAUCCUCGAACCUUCCUGAAGCCGACUCGCCAUGACGGGCAAACACGGUUCGGUGUUGCUGUCGGAAAGUUUGAACACAGCCGAGAUAGUCCAUCCUUUGGGAUCCAGUGGCGAGAACAACAGCAUUGUCAACCACCAGGCCAAAAGCACCACGACCCACCCGCCCAGCAGGUGCACGGGCUUCGGCAUCCAGGAGAUCCUGGGGCUCAACAAGGAGCCCUCUGCCGCUCCGAGAACCGCUUUAGGCUCGUUGCCGGCCGGGGCACAUUUCGUCGCUGCUCGGUCCAUGCUUGGCCCCGCCGGCCUUGCUGUAGGAAUGGGAUUAGUAGGCCCCGGUGGAAUUCCAUCUUUUUACCGCCAACCUGCGUUUUUGGAGCGUGUGCUGGACCCGCAAGACGUUUACCUGCAGCCGCAAAACACUUCUGGCCGGCUCGACGCCAGCCAGUCUGCAAGCUCCGACUCUGAUGAUUUGUCCUCCAAUGAAAGAAAACUGUCCAAGUCUUUAAUAAGUCAAAGCAAGAAACGCAAGAAAAGACGUCAUAGGACAAUAUUCACGUCUUAUCAGCUGGAGGAGCUGGAAAAGGCCUUUAACGAGGCCCAUUAUCCAGAUGUUUAUGCCAGAGAGAUGUUGGCCAUGAAAACAGAAUUACCUGAAGACAGAAUACAGGUGUGGUUUCAGAACCGCAGAGCCAAGUGGAGGAAGAGGGAGAAGUGCUGGGGUCGCAGCACCGUCAUGGCGGAGUAUGGCCUCUAUGGUGCCAUGGUGCGACAUUCAAUCCCUCUGCCUGAGUCCAUCCUCAAGUCUGCCAAGGAUGGCAUCAUGGAGUCCUGUGCUCCCUGGUUGUUAGUUCAAGAUGGCUUACCAGUCAGCAGACGCUAUUCUAAAUCUGAAUACCCGCAACUCUUUGCAGGGAUGCACAAGAAGUCCAUGGAGGCUCCAGCACCCCCUGAACUGCCGCCGCCGGCUGCCAAGUGCAACGAGACCCCGCGGCCGAGCUCUCAGAGACCUGAGGACUCGGAGAGGGUGGAGCGGAUGUCAAAGGGCAAGUCGUCCAUUUCUAAAGAGGAACUGAGAGAGAACAGCAUUGCUGCCCUCAGGGCCAAAGCACAGGAGCAUAGUGCCAAAGUGCUGGGGACGGUUUGUCACGGUAGCUCACUGGAGGACGAGGAGGAGCAGGAGGAGAAGCCCAGCGAUCCUCUGAGUCCUGCGGAGGAGAAACAAAGUAAGGACUGACACAGCAAACUGCUUCCUACACUCAACUCACCUCUCACCUCUGCUUGGUGGGGAAUAUGAGCUGCAAACGCACUUUUCCUGCCUAAAAUACUCACAAAACUUCCAUCCUGAAGAUGAUGGUUGUAUCAGCAGAGCUCUGUGGUCCUUUACUGACUGUGGAAACAUCCUUUUUUAAGGAACGUGUUUAUAGUCCUGUGUUCUGCUGUAUCCAUUCAUUGUGAUCACUUGUUUCACUUCAAAGUGUGUAACUCACUAAGCAUCCAAUGGAAAUAACACCUUCAUUAUUAUAUUAAAAGUCAAUUAAA